AUGGAAUCACAGGUGAGGACGCCGGCCAAGCAAAACAGCUGGAUGCCCCUCAUCAACAAGGUCGAUAAUGUCCCCCUUGACUUCGACUUCAACACGCUCUACAAGCUCUACCUCCCGAAGGAUCACCGCCCGCAUGGGUUCAUGCUCCAAAGUACUGUCGAGCGUCUCCCCUGGACCGCAGACUUCAGCAUCGACCAUGACGAGCGCAAGGUGCGCCUCCUCGACACCAUAGCAAAGGACGGCGACGAUGCUGGCAAGGCCGCCACCGCAGCGAUCCAGCGCGUCGUCGACGCCGCCAUCAAUUUCACCGACAAGUUCCCGACGCUGAGCGGCCGACACAGCGAGCACUUCCGCAUCCUCGGCGCGAACGAGUCCGUCUCCAUUGAGCGCUUCCCUGCUCCGCUGUUCGGCAUCUCCUCGCGAGGGGCGCACAUGACCGCGUACGUCAAGAGCGCCGAGGGCAUGCGUAUCUGGGUCCCUCGCCGCAGCGCGCACCUGUUCACCUUUCCCGACCUGCUGGACACCACUGUGGCUGGAGGCGUCAAGGCCGAAGACUCGCCGUUCGACUGCAUCGUCGCCGAGGCCACCGAGGAGGCCUCGCUCCCGGCCGACUUUGUGAAAGAGAACGCGCGGGCGGUUGGCGCGGUCACUUACGUUAGCAUGAAUGAGACUAAGGGCACGUUCUUCCCGACGGUACUGUACUGCUACGAUCUCGAGCUGCCCGAGGCGAUCGAGCCUGUGCCCGGGGAUGACGAGGUGUCGGGCUUCGAGCUCAUGACCAUUGCGGAAGUGAAGAGGAAUAUGUUGGAGGGACAGUUCAAGCCCAACUGCGUGCUUGUGAUGCUUGAUUUCUUCAUUCGACACAACAUCAUCACGUCGGAGAACGAGGAGCAUUACGUGGAGAUUGUAACGAGGUUGCGGCGACACCUGCCUGUUCCCACGUAUCCUGAGCCAGGAAAGCAAGUGAUUCAAUGA